UCAACAACACUAUUGUUCACUAGUCCCCGUGUGUAGUACAUGGGAAAGUUCGGGGUUUUCAUCAGACACCGCUCAGGUUUCAACGUCAGCAGUAGCGUAUCCGUCACUUGUCAGCAUCCCUUGAUGAAAGCGGAACCAAGUACUGUAUAAUAUUUGAGGAGGAAGCGGCAAACUGCUUUUAUCGCCACAGCAAGGAUGAAAACGCUAGUAAUUCUGUGCAUGUUGGCCGCUGUAGGAGUUGGUGUUGUCCAUGGCGGAGAGGCCUUAUGUCAUUCUGAUGUCGGGGACACAAUCAACGAAGGAUGCGUAAACUGCACGUGCGUAUUAGAAAGUCCUAGCAAUCCAGUAACCAAGGUGUGGUCUUGUGUGCAGACUUGCAAUGUUUGCCCUGCAGCUGUGGUAUCAAGGAUCUGCUUGUUCAACCGAUGUGAUUCAGGUGUAUACUGCCCUCUUGAUCGACUAAACACAACUUGCGUCAUCCCUUUGUGUGAAACCUGUGACCCUGCAUUUCUCAGAGAUGGGAAUUUGGUCAACUGCACUGAUAAGCCAGGUAUGUGCCCCGAACCUGUUGGGACGGGGAAUUGCACGCAGCAGUGUAGCGAGGAUCUGAAUUGUCCAAACAACCAAAAAUGUUGCAGCAAUGGUUGUGGGACUGCUUGCUAUGAACCUGUCCACGAUAGGAAGGAAGGCAUGUGCCCGAUGCCCGGUCCUGAUGUUGGUGGGAUUUGCGUGAACACGUGCCAUGGAGACAGAGAUUGCCCAGGAACCCAAAAAUGCUGCAGUAACGGCUGUGGACACACUUGCCAAGAACCAGCAGCAAGCAUGAAGCCAGGCAUGUGCCCGAUGCCCGGUCCUGAUGUUGGUGGGGUUUGCGUGGAGAUGUGCAGUGGAGACGGAGAAUGCCCUGGAGCCGAAAAGUGCUGCAGUAACGGUUGUGGACACUCGUGCCAAGCUCCUGCUCCACGCAUGUGCCCGGCGCCCGGUCCUGAUGUUGGUGGGAUUUGUGCGGAGAUGUGCAGUGGAGACAGUGACUGUGAAGGAAUGCAAAUGUGCUGCAGCAACGGUUGUGGACACUCUUGCCAAGAACCCGUUCCAGAAAUGCAUCCAUGCCCACCUGACCAACCCUUCAUGAACUGCACCUAUGAUGACGUCUGUUCGUCUCCUUGCGACGCCCUGCCUAGCGCCCGGUGUUUGGUGGAUCACUGCGGGGGUUGCAGACCGGUGCACAUCACGUCAAUAGGCAGCCGCAUCAACUGCACAACCGGACAAGUUGUGCAGUGCCCUCCCGGUCAUGAGAUGGUCAACUGCCUGCUCAACCCAUGCGAUAGUGCUGAAUGCCCUGCCGAUCCCAUGGCCCGAUGUCUCAGCGUGUACUGCGGGGGCUGUAAGGCAGUAUUUGUCAAUGCCCAGGGGGAACACAUCAACUGCACGUCCGGUGCCGCCUCAGUUUGCCCACCUGGCCUGGUUGAGAAUCCAGUGGAUAGAGCCCAGGCCUGUGCUAUGGCCACCUGCCCUGCCCGUCCCAAGGCCCAGUGUACUGCUAAACAGUGUGUGUGGCCCAACUCACCCCUUGAAUGCCCGUAUGAGUUCUUCGAUGCUAGGGCAAGGCCCGUACAGUGCAGCAUAGUGAAGCGAGGUCAAUGCCCCAUGGUCGACUCCUCAGGGGAUGUUGGAGGAAUUUGUGUCAAUGAGUGCAUGGAUGACACACACUGUGACGGAGACGAGAAAUGCUGUGGCAAUGAAUGCGGAGGUAGAGUCUGCCGUGACCCUGAAAACGAUGGCAGCGAAAUGGACAUGGACAUGGAAGAGCCAAUCUGGAAGCCUGGUACCUGUCCUAUGCCACCCAUGGGUAGUGUUGGUGGAAUCUGUGUAGAGGAAUGCAAUGCCGAGUAUGGUGAUGCCGGCUGCCCAAGACACUGGAAAUGCUGCAGUAAUGGCUGUGGACAUGCCUGCAGACCACCAAGAGAAAUGUCUGGUCAGUGCCCUAUGGUUCCUGAAGGUGCAGACAUGAGUGACUGUCAGGAUCUAGAGGAAUGUACCUUGGACAAUGAGUGCCAGAUGAACCGUCCUGGCUCCAAAUGCUGCACUACUGCUUGCGGAACUAGAUGCAUGAGUCCAGUCAGAAGCAGGAAACCAGGAACAUGCCCAAUGGUGCCCAUGGAUGUCGCUGGUAUUUGCUCGGAGGAUUGUACGAGUGAUGACGAUUGUGAGGCCCGAGCCAAGUGUUGCAGCAAUGGAUGCGGCCAUGUUUGCAUGGACCCAGAAGAGCAACCAGGCGACUGCCCAGCAAGACCUGAUCUUAUGAUGUUAUAUGCAGCACCUCAAGUCGCAUGUAGCAGUGACAGUGACUGUAGCCAGCGUCGCAGCAAGUGUUGUGCUUACGGCUGUGGACAGAUCUGCAUAGAACCGGUGACAGAUGUGAAGGAAGGCAUGUGCCCGAUGCCCGGUCCCGUUGUUGGUGGGGUUUGCGUGGAGAUGUGCAGUGAGGACGGAGAAUGCCCUGGAACCCGAAAGUGCUGCAGUAACGGCUGUGGGCACUCUUGCCAAGAAGCUGUUCCACGCAUGAAGCCAGGCAUGUGCCCGAUGCCAGGUCCUGAUGUUGGUGGUAUUUGUGCAGAGAUGUGCAGUGGAGACGGAGCUUGCCCUGGAGCCGAAAAGUGCUGCAGUAACGGCUGUGGACACUCGUGCCAAGCUCCUGCUCCAGGCAUGUGCCCGAUGCCCGGUCCUGAUGUUGGUGGGAUUUGUGCGGAGAUGUGCAGUGGAGACGGUGACUGCGAAGGAAUGCAGAUGUGCUGCAGUAAUGGCUGUGGACACUCAUGCCAAGAACCUGUUCCAGUCCCGCAACACAUGUGUCCGAUGGCUGGUCCAGAUAUUGGUGGGAUUUGCGUGGAGACGUGCAGUGGAGACGGUGAUUGCCCAGGAAUGCAAAUGUGCUGCAGUAACGGUUGUGGACACUCUUGCCAAGUACCUGUUCCAUAUGUGAAGCCAGGCAUGUGCCCGAUGCCCGGUCCUGAUGUUGGUGGUAUUUGUGCGGAGAUGUGCAGUGGAGACGGGGCUUGCCCUGGAGCCGAAAAGUGCUGCAGUAACGGCUGUGGACACUCUUGCCAAGCACCUGCUCCAGGCAUGUGCCCGGUGCCCGCUCCUGAUGUUGGUGGGAUUUGUGCGGAGACGUGCAGUGGAGACAGAGAUUGUCCAGGAAUGCAAAUGUGCUGCAGUAACGGUUGUGGACACUCUUGCCAAGAACCUGUUCCACUGGAGAAAGUUGGAGUCUGUCCGAUGGUGCCACCAGGAUUGGAAAGCAACUGUAUGCAGAAGUCGUGCACUGGUGACCAUAACUGCCCAGGACGCAAGAGAUGUUGCGAAGCUGGAUGUGAGGAACAUAUGUGUCUGGUCCCUCGCCCAGAAGUCAUGUGCGAGGAAGAACUACCAGAGAUCUGUGAGUUUGAUCCGUGUGAGUUUGCUACCUGCCCAUCUGUCCCCGAUGCAACCUGUGCACCUGACAAGUGCGGACGGUGUCGUCCCAGGUUUUUCAACCAGGACCUGGAGGCAGUAAGCUGCGCAGGGAAAACGUUCUGCAAGGCGUUGGGUGGUGCCGAUGGAUGGUAUGAAAGUGGGGCAAUCGUGGACUCAUCAGAUGGCUGCAACCAGUGUGUAUGCAACGGACUGGGGACUUGGACAUGUUCCAAGAGGAACUGUGGUAAGUGGCUGUUAUUCACUAGACACUGAAACAUAUGCAAUUAA